GUGCUCGCAUUUGCGUGCAUGCUUCUCAUUUGGAAUAGUGAGGUGGAUGGCACACAGGACCUUCAUUUCUUCGAAUCAUUUGCUGGGUGUGCCAUGGCAACCCGCGAGGUGCAGUCAUGCUUUCCGGCUCUGGCUGCCAGAGCUUUAGAUGUUGAGUACAGUCGGACCUUGGACUUGACCUCGCACAGUGGAAUGGGGGCAGCUCUUGCUUCCAUCUUACAGGGACGAGAUGAUGGCUGGGUCCAUUGGUUAGGGGUUCAGUGCGCGACCUGGGUUGCUACCUCCAGAGGCAGUACUGGCAGGAGCGCGGCAAACCCGGAAGGAUUAGAUGGAGAAGUUCGUUGCGUGACUGUUGCCAACUUUCUGGCCUGUAGGGUGGCUCUUCUGUGCAUCGCCACAGUAGCUUUUUGUGGCACUUGGAUUGUGGAGCAGCCCCGCAGCAGCCUUCUUUUCGACCAUUACAGAAUGAAGGAAUUGUUCGACUACUUUGAUGUUUUUCGAUGCAACUUCUGGAUGUUCCAUUAUCAAGCACCAACACCGAAAAGGACGAGCUUGUGGUCCAGUAGCCCAGCCAUUGGAGUGUUUUGGACCAUGCGGUUGAAGAAACACGUGUACCGGAAGGCUUUGAAAGAUCGUGGAGCCGAGCAAAAGCCAUGUCGUACCUACAAAGAUAAAGAAGGCCGUACUCGCUAUCAUGGAACUCCUGCCCUCAAGUCUACAGAGCGAUACACGAAAUGCUUUGGAGAGAAAAUUGCCUCCAUGCUUGAGAAGCUGAAGCCAAAGGUUGUUUUGAGAUCCCAUGAUGACUCAGCAGAUGCCAUUCGCAUCUGGCAGUCGUGGGAGUGGGGUGACAAAUGGAAUGAUGCAGAGAUGGUAGCUCUCUGUCAGUAUUUGUAUGGGGCUUGCGCUCUAAAGGUUCCUCUGGAGUGGAAGAAAGUCCUUCCGCGGGAACUGUGA